CAACCACAACUACAACAUCAACAAACGCCGUCUUUCGUGUUAGGCAACAGGUGCGAUAGAAUCACAAUAAUUAACUGUCACUGAGGAAGACGCACAAAUCCAAGGUUCAAAUCAGACAAAAACUGACAACUUUGCUCACACAAAUGUGCCUGGGACCAAGGAAUCUGCCCUGGACUGUAACACCAUUCCCUGUGCUGUGUGACACCAUUUCCUGUGCUGUGUAACACCAUUCCCUGUGCUGUGUGACACAAUUCCAUAUGCUGCGUGACACCAUUCCCUGUGCUGUGUGACGCCAUUGCCUGUGCUGUGUGACACCAUUCCCUAUGCUGUGUGAUACCAUUUCUUCUGCUGUGUGACACAAUUUUUUCUGCUUUGUGACACUAUUUCUUCUGCUGUGUGAUCAACACCAUUCCUCCUGUGGUAAUGUUUGAGGAGGAAGAUGAUUACAAGACUUGCCUGGGUUGUAACACCACAUUAUCAGAGCCCUACAUCAGGUGUGGCGUCUGCAUGACUCCGACCACCCUUCUUUGUUUGCAUUGUUUUGCUCAGGGGUUUGAAAAUGACAGUCACUACAGCAACCAUGAUUAUGAGAUUAUUAAGACAGACUUCGCGUUAUUUGAGGAUCACUGGACAGCAGCAGAGGAGUCUGAUCUUCUGAAGGCUGUGUCUGACUGUGGGCUUGGUAACUGGGCCGACAUUGCUGCUCAGAUCUCAUCCAAAAGUCCAGAGGAAUGUGAGCGGCACUACACACACUGUUAUAUCAAUCAUCCUGCCACCCCGUUACCAGCAUUCCCUGAGCCAGAAUUUCAGCCCAAACCUCUGCCCAUUGUCUUUAAGCUGUCAGAUGACCCACCACGACCUCUAGAAUCAUCAGCGUUGUGCAUUGAAAUGGCAGGCUAUAUGGCUGCACGUUCCGAGUUCACCUCAGAACAUGACAACUUUGUGGAGCUCGACCUGCGGAACAUCACCCUGGAGGAGAACGAAGAGGACAUCCUGGAGGAGCAGCUGAAACUGGCCGCGCUACAGGUGUAUCAGAGCUGUUUGAUGGAGAGGCACAGACGCAAGAGGAUUGUGCGCUCCUAUGGUCUAAUAAACUACAAAAAGCUCUCUGUCCAUGAGCGCAGAUUUGAGAAAACGUUACGUCGUUACAUGGACCCUCUGAGGGCAGUAAUGAGGCUGGUGCCACCCUCAGACUUUGAUAAGUACUUGGAAGGCUUCAACUACAAGGAGGAACUGAAGCGAGAGGUGGAACAUCUGCAAGAGUUCCGGGAAAAUGGACUCACACAGCUGAGACAUAUGAAAGUGUACAAUCACCUGAAACUGAGACGAGAAUUGGAGCGGUCGAAACGUCACAUGCUUAGUGACAUUCUUGAUCACAUCCAGGAUGAGACGGCAUGCCAAUCCUGGCUGCAGAAACAGGCUGCCCUCAGCAAUGGCGUCAAGUACUUCCCUGUUACUCAUCCGUCAGUGCCAAGGAAAUCAGCUCCUCCCCUCGACAUUGUCGGACUUCCAGGCUUUGAGAAACUGAAUGAGGAAGAGAAAGAACUGUGCUCAUCUGUUCGGCUGGUCCCUGAGGCAUAUAAUGAGUUCAAAUCCAUUCUUGUGGCCGAGUGUAAAAAGGUCGGCAGUUUGAAACUUGCACAGGCAAGGGCUCUCAUAAAGAUCGAUGUGAAUAAAACCAGAAGGUUGUAUGACUUUCUCUUAAGCCAAGGCGUAAUAAGGAAAGACUCCAUAUGACCUGAGCUACUGUAACAUUUUAAAUUUGCUUUGCUACGGUGGCUGUGAGUUCAAGUCCAGCUCAUGCUAGCUUCCUCUGUGGUUCUAGGCUGGAAUGUUUGCCAGCAGCUUACAGAUUGUGGUAGGUUUCCCCUGGGCUCUGCCUGGUUUCCUCCCAUCAUAAUGCUGGCCAGUGUUGUGUAAGUGAAAUGUUCUUGAGUACAGUGUAAAACACCAAUCA